GUUCAUCACAACCCUUCAGCUUCAAGUGCACAGAAAAAGGGAAGUGAAAUCAGGAUGACCAACUCAUAAAAUUUCUUUGUGAUUAUAUUCUAAUAACCCAACUUUUAAAUAAAAGUCUCCGAGUCUGUUCUUUAAUGCAGUAGUUGUAUAUCAAUUUCGCAGAGUGUACGUUAUUACGUAAAUAAAAUUAUCGCAGACAAAAUGGUAUCACGCACUGGUUUACAAGUACGGUUACAGGAAAUAGGAGGAACCAUGUAUUGUUAUGUUUUUAUUCAUGGUAUAUUCCGGUUCAAGCAAUAGCACCAAUAUGAAAAUUUUUCUCUUGGUUCAGCAUUGUGAUGCCAACCACGAUCACUUUCAAAUAUUUUCACGUCGAAAUUGGCUGCCUUGGGAUGUUCGUGUACCAGCUGAUGUGUGACUUGUUCGCGUGAACAUGAAUAGGUGUAUUCAGUGCGGUACCAGCGACUGAUGUAGUUUUUUGUUGGUCAGAAUAUGAUAUUGUGAAGUGUAAAAGUUAAUUGAGAAGCCAUGGCGUAUCAAACAUUCCGUCAAGAGUAUUUACAGAUGCCAGUAGUAACAAGGGCCUAUACAACAGCUUGUUGUAUUACCACCUUAGCUGUACAAUUAGAUUUGGUGUCACCUUUCCAACUUUACUUCAACCCAAUAUUGAUUGUGAAACAAUAUCAGUUGUGGCGUCUAGUUACAACAUUUUUAUUCUUUGGCACCUUGGGAUUUAACUUCUUCUUCAAUAUGAUUUUUACAUACCGAUAUUGUCGGAUGUUGGAAGAAGGAUCAUUCAGAGGACGAACUGCUGACUUUGUUAUGAUGUUUUUAUUUGGAGGAAUUUGUAUGAUCAUGUUUGCUUUUUUCAUUAAUCUCUUGUUUCUGGGACAAGCAUUUACUAUAAUGUUGGUAUAUGUCUGGUCUCGGCGCAAUCCCUUUGUGCAAAUGAACUUUUUUGGCCUCAUCAACUUCCAGGCUCCAUACUUACCAUGGGUUUUACUUGGCUUUUCCGUUCUGCUGGGAAAUGCUAUUUGGGUGGACCUAAUGGGAAUGGCUGUGGGACACAUGUAUUAUUUCAUCGAAGAUGUGUUUCCUGCGCAACGAGGAGGAUUCCGGUUACUCAACACCCCGCAGAUUUUGAAAACUUUGUUUGAUGGUCAUCCUAAUGACCAUGAUUACACACCACUUCCCGAGGAUCAAAGACCUGGAGGAUUCAACUGGGGAGAACGUCCAGACCCUCCACAUUGAUAUUUGCUCUUAAGGUAGACUUCAGGACCAUUGAGCUGUUCAACGUACAAAUAAAGUCCACCCAGUUCUUGGUGCAUAUUUCCCACUGCCCACUGUAUUUAGAUAAGGCUGUGUUUAAAGAAGAGCUUUCUACAGAUGCAGAAAAAGUGCUUGAAUCAUUGGGGAAUGUGUGGAAUGACCAUGAAAGUGAUGUUUCUUCUCUGGGCUAGUUGGACAGUUAUUUUAAGCACUGAGAAGCAUCAGUUGACAGUACAUGAAUUAAGAAUGCUGUUGGUCAUACAUUACAAACAGCCUGUCUUAUACGAAACCUUCCUGGAUUAUUUUUAAUUAGCUCACUUAUUUAGUAUUGACACAGUCAGUUGCAUAUAAAAUGCAUUUCCAGAAGUUAUAAAAUCUGACUUAUUUACUGUAUUAACGAUGUUGCUUUGUGACAAUAGAAACAUUGCCAGUGGUGCAUUCAGCAUUGCUGGAAAAUCCACACAAGUGGAAUAAAAUUAAUAUUUGUAAAUACAAUAUUCCUUUAUUCAUGAUCC